AUGCUCAUCAACAGUGCGGUGUGGGCGGUCCCGACGGGUGGGUUCAUCUGGGGGGAGGAGGCCCUCUGCCUGCUGGAGACCUCUGGCUACUCAACAGCCUCGCUGUGGGCCCGGGGCCGGGGGCCGGGGGCCCGGGGCCCGCCUCGUCUGGUUCCCAGCGGCCGCUCCCAUUGUCCCGCUGCCUUUGUAGCGCGGCCGUCGCUGGAGGACGCGGGCGCUUCCUGGCUGCAGGAGGAGGUGCCCCCCCAGCAGGGCCGCUGGGGGGGCGGGGCGCUGAAGGCUCUUCAUCCCUGCUUGGAGCCUUUCCCGGUCUGUGUUGAGCUGGUCUCUGUCCGGUUGGAGCUCCAGGGCUCAGGGCCCAGCACGGCCGGCCCAGGGUCCCCGGGGAGGGGGCCUGGGGUGGGGGGUGGAGGAGCUCCCCAGGGGGUCACCUGGGGUCCCCUGGGGUCCCUGACCUCCUGGGGUGAUGCUCUUCUGCAGUCCCCCCAGUUCGACCGGUGGAGCAGUACGAGCCAGGGGAAGCAGGACGCCCUCCGACUGCGCCUGUCCGCCCAGAGCGGCUCGCACCUCCUGCCCUUCCCCCAGCCUGCGGACGAGGACCCCCUCUCCCCGGGGUACUCCGAGCCCCUGUGUUACACCUCCAGCCGCCCCCCCUCGGUGGAGACCUAUCGUCUGGGCAGCCGCAGCAGCAGCAUGUCGUCCCACAGCCGGCCGGACCGCGACCUGCGACCCCUGUCGCUGCGCUACUCCUCCCCCCAGCACCCCCUGCAGCCCCCGGCCGAGGGCCAGGUGUACAGCACGCCCUACGCAGCCCGCCCCCGCGGCAGCCCCCCGCGGCCGGACAAGGCCCCCCCUCAUCAAGCGUCUAACCCUCUGUGCGUUCAGUCCAACAGCUGGAGCACCCCCCAGUCCUCGCUGAGCUACGCCCUGAGCUCCACCCAGCGCCACUCCGACCUGUGCCCCCCCCGCCAGCCCCUGUCCCCGCUGUACGACGAGCCCUGCACCCCCGAGCUGUACGCCCCGGGGCCCCGCCCCCUGGAGCCCCGCCCCCUGGAGCCCCGCCCCCACGCCACGCAGUCCAGCUGGCAGGGGUCCCUCGGCCUCCAGCAGACCCCCGCGCCGCCGCCCCCCACCUUCAAGCUGUGCACCCCCCCCCUGGGGCGGCGCUGCAGGAGGAGCCUGGUGCUGACCGGCCCCCAGGGCCGCGCGCUGGGCCUGGAGCCGGAGCAGGGGCCGCGGGGCGCCCCCGCCCCCGGCCCCGCCCCCGGCCCCGCCCCCGCCCGGCUGAGGCUCAACGCUCCUCCGGUGCACGAUCAGCGGCUGAUACCAUCCAGCCCCAUCUCCAGCCUCUCCAAGCUGCCCUACUGUUACUCCCCAGACCUCAACUCAUACCUCCGGCCCACGGAGCCAGAUGACCAGGAAAUGGACUACGACAACAUUUGGGAAUAUGACCAAAACACCGGCAUGAUUCAGCCCACGUCUGGAAUUCCGCAGCAGCGGACGGGAUUAGGCUUGGGGGCCAGAGGCCUUAGCGCCAUGGCAACGCAGCAGAGAUAGUCAUAAAACAACGCGCCGCCACCCGUCUGGACGUGUGCAAACAAAGUGAUCAGUAUCAGGUUAUAAUCAGCCUAUCAGACGGCCUCGCUCACUGCCACACGGGGGGGGGUUUAAAGAGCCGGUCGUCAGGCAGAGGAAUGCCCAGUGUACCCAGUGAGGGGGGUCACAACACAAGGUCAUGACGGUGAUCGGACACAAGCGCCGCCGCUAGACAGUAGCAGAGCCCUUUUUAUAUGAAGCUUAAAGACAAGCCCGAGUGCUGGAUGUUUAUUUUUGUACGAGUGUGUUGCGUGAUUGCUGAUGUUAAUACUGUGAGUCAUUUUGUAGUUCAGCCUAUUUUUUAUAUUUAAGAACCUACCGUCCUGUUUCUGGCUUCUAUUUUAUUCGUGACUUUCUAAUAUAUAAACCAUUCCAACAAGGAUCAAUAUGUUCAAACAUUUUUUUUUUGUAAAUAAUAUUUUAUUAUGCAAUGACAACAGAACUAGAUUGCUUGAAUGUAAUGGUGUUAUUAACAAUAGUUACUGCAACACGCAGAUGUUGGGGUAGCUUGCUCCUAUUUGUUUGAAGUGUUUAUUUAUAUUUGCAAAUUAAAAAAAAUUAAAAAAUUGGUUGACCUUCAUUGUACAACUAGUUCUGAUAUUUCACAAAAA